UCAUUCCAGGCCAGGAUCACUGAGGACUGUGAAACCCAGCAUGGAGUCAAUGGGGAUUGGGAUACUCAUGGGAUUCAAAGCAAGGGACUGCCUUUCCCUGGGAAGAUCUGCCCAAGAUCUGCCCAGUGCCGGGUGCCAUGAGGGAUGGAGCAAGCUGACAUCGAAUACCUACUGAUUUUAUCUGUCACCAGAUGAAAGGAGACCUGCCUGUUAAGUGCCUGGAAGAAGAGUGGGCAGGAACACCUGGCUCUGGAUGCAGAAGCAAGUUUGCCAUCCGUGCACUCAGGAGGCUGAGCCUGGGGUAGUGCUGAGGGCUGGAGCUGACAUGGUUGGAAGUGCUGGGAUCUAAACUCUAGUCCUCUGAGAGUAGCAAGUGCUCUUAACCUCUGAGUCAUCUCUCCAACCUGUGACUCUUCCUCUGGACAGUUCAGUAGUCAUAGCAACUCUCCUGACCCCAUGACUCUUCCCUAAGAUGACAAGAUCUGUCUGGAUUUUGGAAUGAGCUUCAACUGUUUUCCACUUUGAUAUCAGUUCUGCUUUUCCAGGUCGUGAGUCAGCAUGGCCUGGAGGUCAUAUAUGACCAGUCAGGGGGCCAUGCUAGUGUGACGCCUGCUGUGACAGCCAGUCUUCUUUCUGUGGAAGUGUCCGUCAAAAUCUCAAGAGUGAAGUCUCCUCUCUGGCUUUACGUUUGACAUCUUGCCGGUCGCUUGAAGUAUGAGUGCAGACAGGAUCUGAAGUAGCAGGGAGGUGCCUCAGUGAGGCCUUUGACCCCUGACCGAUGCUAUCUUUAGGAAGAGAAGCAACUGUGAGGAGGUUCAGCCAGAGAGAAAGGAGAUGGCCAGUCAGUAAGGACCCUAAGGAAGGCAACAGGGAAGGCUGGGAAGAUGGCUCUGAUGGUAACAGGAGCUGUGCUCUCUGCGCAAGCGUGAAGACCACAGUUCAGACCUCUGGUACACAUUGCAUAGGUUCCUUACUUCUAGACACAAGAGGAGCCCCCAUAUCCACCCUCACCCCUUUUGAAACAAAGGUCUUACUCUGUAGAACAGACUGGCUUGUGUCUGUGAUCCUCCUGUCUCAGCCUCCCAAGUGCUGAGAUUAAAAGCAGAAUAAUACUUAACUGAUAUUAGAUCCAGCCUCAUAUCCCAGGGUAGUAGGUGCCCUUCCACAGCCUAGCUCCUGAUUUUUUUUUUUUUUCACUUGUUUGUUUCUUUGAGACGGAGACUCAUGUAGCAUAGGCUGACCUCAAGUCAAUCUGUAGCCAGGGUCAGAUAACCUUGAACCCUUGCCUCCACUAUCCAAAUUCUGGAAUCACAGAUGUGCUGACCAUUGCUCCUUAUUUAUUUAUUUGAGACAGGGUCUCUGUGGUGGUUUGAAUAAGAAAUGGCCCUCAUAGGCACGUGUAUUUGAACGUUUAGUCCCCAAUUUGUGAUGGUUUGUGGGGAGGUACGGAGGUGUGUGGUCUUGCUGGAUGAAGAAAUGUGCCUGGGGUGGCUUUGAGAGCCUAUAGCCUGGCCCCACUUCCAGCUCUCUCUCAGGUUCCCACUUAAGGUACAGUGUUAUCUCUCAGCAUCCUUCUCCCCGAGCCAGGUUUUCCUGCUGCUUGUGGCCGGCCAUGCCUUCCAGCUAUAAUGGGCUCUUAUCCUCCUGGAACUGUGAGACACAAUAAACUCCAUCUUCCCUAAAGUUGCCUUCGGUCAUGGUGUUUUACCACAGCAACAGAAAAGUAACUAGCAGUCUCACCGUGUAGCCUGGAACACUCACAGAUCCACCUGCCUCUUCCGGUAUUGAACGCUUGGGUCAUCAAGUGUUCCGGUAUUGAAGAGUUUGGUUAAUAGUUCUCAAUUUUUAGGCAGCAAGUCUCUUCCUCACUCUGCCGCUCUCAGAGCAGUCUUCCAUUCCCUAUCUGGCCAGGACCAGGUUGAAGAAAACUCCGGAAUGCCAGGGACAUACGAGUGUUUAUAGAGUAUGUGAUAGGCUCUGUUCUGAGGUCCGGGUACACAGAGAACUGACUGCAGACUCCUGGCUUGGGGAAGCCCCACCAUCUAGUGGAAUGGGUACGUGGGCGCAGAGCAUCGUGAAUAAACAGGCAGGAUAACUGAAGCGCUACAAAGACCGUUCUGCACUAGUGGCGUCCCUUGGAGGGAGCACAGGGCCAGAGCUGGCCUAGCUAAAGAGGUGACACCUGAACUUUAAUCCGGAACUGGCCUCAGUACGUUUGGAGAUUUGUUCAGGAAGGAACGACUGGUUCGCAGGCUUGAAAAUGGGGCAGGGCAGGGCUGUAGCCUGAACUCUGUAGCCAGCGGUGUUGGCAACACGCCCCGUGAGCGGGUAGAGCCCUGGCCAGCACAAUCAGCUCCGGCAGGCUCCCAGGACCGAAGGCUCAGGAUUUGAGAGCCCAUCACGGGGGCGACAUCUUGUUCUCUUCACCAGGACAAAACAGGCCCAGAAGCCACAAGCUACCUCCCGAAGCCACACAGAGGCGCCACAGUAGCCAGUCUCUCGCCGAGCCUCUUCCGUGCAGCGCCGUCAGCCACUCAGCGCGCACUCCCGUCUUCACAAGCGGAAGUGGGCGGGGACACUGGGAGUCUCCGCCCCCUAUCCGCCCACCUCCGCGCUCCUGACUGGCUCCGCAGGGCGUCCCCGCCUCCGAGGUGUUGAGACCGAGGCGGGUUGUUGGGGGAGCGGCCGGCUGAGUAGCGGGUGUAGAACCGUGCGUGAGGCCACCGUCUCUUCUUCGCCACCAUGGGGGCCCAGCUGAGCACGUUGAGCCACGUGGUGCUCUCGCCCGUCUGGUUCAUCUACAGUCUCUUCAUGAAGCUGUUUCAGCGCUCCACACCGGCCAUCACCCUCGAGAACCCCGACAUCAAGUACCCUCUGAGGCUCAUCGACAAGGAGGUCAUCAGUCCUGACACUCGGCGCUUCCGAUUUGCCCUCCCUUCACCCCAGCACAUCCUGGGCCUUCCUAUUGGCCAACACAUCUACCUCUCGACUAGGAUCGAUGGCAACUUGGUCAUUCGGCCCUACACCCCUGUGUCGAGCGAUGAUGACAAGGGCUUUGUGGACUUGGUGGUCAAGGUUUACUUCAAGGACACCCAUCCCAAGUUUCCAGCUGGAGGGAAAAUGUCUCAGUACCUGGAAAACAUGAAGAUUGGAGACACCAUUGAAUUCCGGGGUCCCAAUGGGCUACUGGUCUACCAGGGCAAAGGGAAGUUUGCCAUCCGUGCAGACAAGAAGUCCAACCCCGUUGUCAGGACGGUGAAGUCUGUAGGCAUGAUUGCAGGAGGGACAGGCAUCACCCCAAUGCUGCAGGUGAUCCGAGCCGUCCUGAAGGACCCAAACGACCACACCGUGUGCUAUCUGCUCUUUGCCAACCAGUCCGAGAAAGAUAUCCUGUUGCGGCCUGAGCUGGAGGAACUGAGGAACGAACAUUCUGCUCGCUUCAAGCUCUGGUACACAGUGGACAAAGCCCCUGAUGCCUGGGACUAUAGCCAGGGCUUCGUGAAUGAGGAGAUGAUCAGGGACCACCUUCCAACUCCUGGGGAGGAGCCGCUGAUACUGAUGUGUGGACCCCCACCAAUGAUCCAGUUUGCCUGUUUGCCAAACCUGGAGCGUGUGGGCCAUCCCAAGGAGCGAUGCUUCACCUUCUGAUGGCUGGACGCUGGCCAAGCCUGUGCCUGCUGCUCACGCACUCACCACAACCACCUGUCCACCCCUUCCUUCCCCACCACUGUCGCUCACCCUGACAUAUGCCCACAUCCAUGCUGGGGCCUGGGUUCAGCCUGGCCUGCCCAGCCCUGGUCAUCCAGCUGUACUGGCCCCUGGGGGGCCCCUUUGGGAGCAGGCCUGUGUAUCAGGUGACUUCUGUUGACCACUCUCUGAAUAGGCUUCUGUCUGGUACUAACUGGCCAUUACCAGAGAUGUCCUGUGACUACCCCCUUACACAUAGACACACACACACACACACACACACACACAGAGACAGGAGAGAGAGAGAGAGAGAGAGAGAGAGAGGAGAGAGAGGAGAGAGAGAGAGGAGAGAGAGACAGGAGAGAGAGAGAGGAGAGAGAAGAGGAAGAGAGAGAGAGAGAGAGGGAGAGAGAGGAGAGAGAGAGGAGAGAGAGAGAGAAGAGGAAGAGAGAGGGAGGGAGAGCGUGAGCGUGAGCUGUCAGUACCAUGUCUACCCAUUGCCAUGAACUGUGGUCUAUAGAAAGGAAGUGAAAGGUAAAUAGUCACCUACGGUCCUAGGAACCAUGCCUGCCACCUAACCACCUACCUGCCUUAGGCCAUAGCCUGGCCUGUGCCCCUAAACACUACAUUAGACAGUGACACCCAAAGGUUUUCUUAGGAGGGUGUCUGGCAGAGACAGGCCAGCCCCCACUUGCUGGCCAGGGGUCCCUUGGGGCAGCACGUGGACCCUUCCAAAACUAUACACACUGCCCCCGACUCCAUGCAGUCUUGAGUGCCCUAAGUUGUCAGCCCAACAGAGUUUGGUAGACCUUGGGGGUCCCUGGCUUAUCUCUCCACCCCAAACCUCCUUCCUGUCUGGUCCCCAGCCUGGGGGGGUUCUGAGCAGUGCCUCUUGUCUUGGAGACAGACCUGGUGCCUGGCGCUGCCUUCAGCAGGCAGCAGGCAGCCUCCUGCACACUGGCUUUUUUAGUCAUUUAUGGGCAAAAAGAGUUAAAGUAAAACUUUGCAAAUCCCGA